UCAAUAUGCCAACGUACCAAGUUUUACAGCUGCCUGGGGUCUAUAAAUUUUCGCACUUAAAAAUUAGUUCAUGAGCGCCUACUCAGCAGCAUGUUUUGUAAUAAAUUGAAAAUAUCUAUUAUCACGAUCCUUUUUACAACGAACGCCGUUGCAUUUCAAGAUGAGUCGAUAUUCGAAGAUGAAGAUAUCUACAAUCAAGCACUGCCACCUGUACCAUACACUGGUAUAACCGUACCAGGUACAAAAUGGUGUGGUCCUGGUAACACGGCAGCCAAUUAUAGUGAUUUGGGUACACAACGUGAGGCGGACACCUGUUGUCGACAGCACGAUCAUUGUGAAGAAAUUUUGGAACCACGACAAAGCUUGCAUGGUCUGAAUAAUACCGGUUUGUUUCCUAUUUUGAAAUGCACUUGUGAGCAAACUUUUUUGAAUUGCUUGCAAACGGUGAACAAUAUGGUUUCAAAUACAUUGGGACGCAUUUACUUUGGUACACGGAACAAAUGUUUUGCGAAUGGUCAUCCGAUCGUACGUUGUAAGGAACAUCAAAAUGGCACUUUCAGACAGCGUUGUAUACGUUACGAGGUUGAUAAAUUGCGUUCGAAAAUAUGGCAAUUUUAUGAUAUACCAUUUUACAGUUUUAGACGCUAAAGUACAAAAAAAAGAAAGAAUAUUUUGUUUGCGGAUAUAAAGUAUUGUUUGAAUAUAAUCAAAAAGUUGUAUUUAAGC